CGCGUCUAAAAUUACGCGAAGAGCAGCAGCCUUUUGAUUCUGAAGCUGUCGGUUUUCUAUCGCCUUUUUCUCUCCGAUUGCUGUCGUCGUUACUGUGUUUCUAUCUUCUUUCCCUCACCGGUAAGGCCUUUAUAUACCUGUGAAAUUCCCGAGGCGGCGGUACAAAUUACAAGUACGAUAUUGAUUUCUAGGGUUUCGUUCGUGAUCUGAUUCGUUAGCUCAAAUCCCCGAUUUUUGUCUGCCUAUUCUGAUACCUUCUACUGAUUUUCAGGCAUUAUUGAUCAUAUUUGUAUCAAUUUUCAUACACUUUGUACUGUAUUGACUCUUAGUCUGCUUGAAAAAAUUGAAUUUUCGGUUUUGGGGUUGGGGUCGUAGUUUAAAAAUAAAUACAAGAAAGAAAAAAGAAAAUUGACUCUCGAUUUUAGGUGUUGUGGUUUGUAUUCUCGAAUUGUUGGUCAGGGUUUGUAUUUCUUGUAUUUUUUAGUUUUAUUUUUGAUUGAGAAGAGUUGUGGUUGUGAAUCACAUGGCGGCAGGACGAGUCAAUGUUUUCAGGAGAACGGACUUAUAUAAGCCCUCCGAAAGUGAGUAUGACUAUUACAGGAAUGAUUCUUGCGGUGUGGAAUACAAUAGGGCCUGUGAUCGUGCUGCCAGACGUAAGAAUGGGUACCAUAAUUCAUCAAGAACUCGUGAUUCGGGGUCUAGAAGAGACAGGUUUGGCGCUAGGACUGAAGAUCGAAAAUUGGAUGAGUUUUCUAUGGGUAAUGAACUCAUGGCUCACAAAGAUGGGGUGCAGAUGCCUCCAGAGAAGAAGAGGAAGUUCUCUUCAAUUGUAUGCAAUAGAGAAGAAAAAGACAUGAGAAUUUCAUCUAAGAACAGAGUUGUCGCAGUUAUUUCUCCGUCUCCUCCUCGGCCAUCUUCUCCCAGUUCCGAUAGUGUGCCACUGGAUGUUGAUUCAGAUGUUGGUAUUUUAGAAUGCAAUAUCACAGGAAGUGUGGUUUUGGGGUUGGAGAAUUCAGCAGAUGAGCCUGUUGUGGCAGAUUUGUUAUUAGGUUGUUCUGGAUUCAGUUCUCAAGCUGAUUUGCCUCCUUUGGUGCCGUCAGAGCGAUUUGGUGAUGAUGAAUAUGGAGAAGACAAUGUGGAAGAGGAAAAGGUUACUCAAGCACCGAAUAUUGCCAUGUCGAGGUGGGCGUCUGACAGUGAUUCUCCUUCAAGGUCAAGUCCUGAAAGUGGGGAGAUUCGAGUAGGACUCUCAGGUGGUGGUAGGACUAGGUCAUCUGGAUCGGAUGGAGAAGGUUCUGUUGCAGUGCUUGUCAGUGAAGAUACAUUUGGUGAAAACGAAUUUUUUGAUGCUGAUAUGAUCGAUAUUGAUGAAAAAAGAGAUGGACAUGACUAUGUUAACCAGUCAGACUCAGAAUCGGAGGAUGAUGGUGGUUCCCAUCAGAUUAAAGAGCCCAGCAUGCUUAACCAAAGAAGCAUAAACAUGCUUCAGUGUUGCAGAAGUGUGUUUGAGUUUGAAAAACUUAACAAAAUUAAUGAAGGAACUUAUGGUGUUGUUUAUAAAGCCAAAGAUAAGAAGACGGGGGAAAUCGUGGCCUUGAAGAAGGUGAAGAUGGGUGUAGAAAAGGAGGGUGGUUUCCCUAUGUCAUCUUUGCGGGAAAUAAACAUUCUCUUGUCUUUUAAUCACCCUUCUGUUGUUGGUGUUAAAGAAGUUGUUAUGGAUGAUCUCGACAGUGUUUUCAUGGUUAUGGAGUACAUGGAGUAUGACCUCAAGGAUCUCUUGGGGGUUAUGAAACAGCCUUUUAGCAUAAGUGAAGUCAAAUGGUUGAUGCUACAACUAUUGGAAGGUGUCAAAUAUCUUCACGACAAUUGGGUGCUUCAUAGAGAUUUGAAGACUUCAAACCUUCUUGUGAGCAAGGAGGGUGAGUUGAAAAUAUGUGACUUUGGGUUGUCUCGCCAGUAUGGCAACCUGCUGAAGCCAUAUACACCUAUUGUAGUCACCCUUUGGUACAGAGCACCUGAACUACUGCUCGGUGGCAAACAGUACUCAACAGCUAUUGAUAUGUGGUCAGUGGGAUGCAUAAUGGCUGAAUUGGUGGCAAAGGAACCGCUUUUCAAAGGGAAAAAUGAAAUUGAUCAGCUUGGCAAGAUUUUUCAAAUUCUUGGUGCACCAAAUGAGAAGAUUUGGCCUGGACUAACAAAAUUGCCAGGAGUUAGACCAAAUUUAAAGCAACCGCAUAACCUGUUGCGGACCAAAUUUCCUGCAAGAUCCUUCACAGGAUCACCAGUUCUCUCUGAUUUGGGAUUUGACUUGUUGAACAGCCUUUUAGCAUAUGACCCGGAAAAGCGGAUAACAGCGGAGGCUGCCCUAAAGCAUGAUUGGUUUCGUGAGGUUCCUCUUCCUAGAUCUGAUUUCAAGUGUAACUUUUCUGUCUGGCAUGGCCAAGAGAGAAUACCAGAGAGCAGGAUCCUUUAGAAGAGCAGUGAGAAAGGAGUUUGUCUUGGUCAAGAGUAGUGGAUUGAUGCAUAAUGGUCUUUGGGAAGGGAUACCUCAUUGUAAAUGACGAAGCCGUGGCUUUAAAUAUUAAUACAGUAUUUCCUUCUAUCAUACUGCUGCUUCUUGUUCUUUUUAAUACAGUAUUUCCUCGUCUUUUUAAUCAUUAUUUGUUAUUGAUAUGACAAUCAACUUCCACUGUAGAGAAUUUCAUUAAUUUAUUGAACAGCUAAAGGAGUUCUAGUAUCCGGUAUCUACUACAACCAUUAAAAACUCCAGAAUAAGUAUUGUUAUGUUCAGAUGCGUAUCCUCGUAUCUUCAAAAAUAAAUAGUGAUUAAAUAGAUAUAAAACAUAUUAUCAAUUUUUUUUGUACUCUGAUUGAUGGACGAUUUUAUGUGGUCUGUGGAGGUAUCAGAGGGUUGCUUUGUUAGUUGUGACCUCGUGGAUGUUGAAGACUGUGGACUAGUCAACACUCGGCCAAAGCAGCUAUGUUUCUGUUUGCAAUUCUGUACCUUGUGAUUUUAUUUUUCAAUCCCUGUGCAUUUCACAUACUGUGUCCUGAUAGGAGGACGUUGAGGUAAAAUUUACCUGUGCCUCCAUUAAGUUUUUAUUUUGGUACAGAUGCUAUGGUUGUAGCAUGUAUAUAAUUAGCUGGCAAGUCUUUUGUUUUUUAAGUUUUUAAGUUGAAUGUUUAUUAUGAUGAUAGGUAGUGAUUUGGAGAACAGCUAUGUCACUAGUUAUAUUCAAAAUUUUAUAGGUUAGAUUGCUAUACUAAAUGAAUAAAAUUGGAAGGAAAAAAUGUCAAAUUUUGCUUCCUGUAUUCUGCAAUUUGUUGGCUCGUGAUGAUAACUAUGAUUUCAUACCUUUAUUAUUAUUAUUAUUAUUAUUCCUUCCUUUCCACUUUUUCUUAUUAUUUUCAAUUUUUGUCGGUACAUAUGAAUUGAGUUGAAUUAUCACUUGCUGGGGGGUGGCAAAGGUGUCUUCCACUCACAAAGGCAAGGCACUUUGUUCUGCAACUUCAUCCUUCGAGGCAGUUUUGCUGCAAAAACAAUUACAAAUAGACAAUUCUGCCCAUGCAAUACCACUCUCUUUGGCUGUGUCACGGAGGUAAGGUUUCCAAGACUGACAAUGCCGAAGGACAUAUAAUGUCCCAAAAUUUCUCUGGAAACUCAAAAUGGUGUAGAGAACAUGGAAAUCUUGUACAUUCAUUGAUGGUAAAGUAGGAGGAAGAUGGGUUUUCUUUUACUGUCCAAAUUUAGAUCUCUCUUGAAAUUUUGUGUAGUAGUAGUAGUAGAUAAGGUGGGAUUGUUGUACAGCGGCAGGUGCACUCAUUUCACUUUAUAUCUUUUUUGGGCAGGUGCCCUCAUUUCAGGGGUGACGACAAGUUAUAUUUUGC